AUGCUUAUGACCAUCCGCAGCAACGGCAUACUCUCUGACCAGAAGAAGAACCCAACUUUCAAUAAGAACUAUACCACCAACAAGACGCAGAUCGCCAACUCAGUCACACAAUUCUCCGAAGAGACCCCGCGACAAUUUCAGUCGCCAGUUCGAUCGCAACAGUCUUCAUCGCCUUCCUCUAACAAUAGUUUCGUAGCUGCUCAAAGGACCAAGGCUGCCGUUAGGCGCAGAUCGCCACCUGUGAUGAACGGCCUCCUAGGAAAUGCGCCGCAGCCGGUGAUGUACGUGCGAGCGCUCUACGAUUAUGAAGCCGAUGAUCUUACGAGCUUGAGUUUUCACGAAGGAGAUGUUAUACAGGUUAUCACACAGCUGGAAAGUGGAUGGUGGGAUGGAGUGAUCAACGGUGUACGAGGCUGGUUCCCCAGCAACUAUUGUUCAGUCAUAGUCAACCCUGACGAUCCAGCGGCCGGAGAUUUAAAUGGAUCGAGCCAUACCGACGACGAGGAAGCCGAGGAUGAAGACGAGUCGGAGGAAUACGAGGAUCAGUACGAGGACGACGAGGGUGAUUCUGGAGGAGACGAUGGCUCGCAGCUACCUAUGGGGAUGACCAAUGGUGAUAGGGUUGAUAGGACGAGAGCUGAUUUCUGGAUACCACAAGCAACACCCGAUGGCAGAUUAUUUUAUUUUAAUACUGAAACAGGCCAGAGCAGUAUGGAGCUGCCGCUCGAGUCGCCUUCCUCUGCGAACGAAGAUGGCCCUCGGAACCGUAUGAAUGUUAAUAUUCCAGAUAAGACCAGGCCACCACCAGAAAUGAUGGCGCGAGGCUAUAUUCAAGAAGAGGACGACUCUGGUAACUCGGCUUCGGAACGCGAAGGUGAAUCCUUGAUGGGCAAUGUGAUGCCAAGAUCGCGACGGUCGUUCGUUUCCGGUGGUAUAUCGCCAGCUACUUCGAUGGAUUCAAUCAACGGGAACUCUCCUGCUGUUCGAACACGCGGUGAUCCUUACAUAAAUACCAAUUUGUCGAUAGGAAAUUCCAUGGCGAUGACAGGGCCUUCAACAACCUCGUUCACCUCUGCCCCAGCGACGGGUCCUCCACACGCUGCAACAUUGCCGCGCUCAUUCUUCGACGAUGGAUCAGUGGCCCCACUAACGUGGAAUAGAUUGGUAUCAAAUAUGAAGGUAGCCAUCGAUCGUUAUAGGGAAUCAAUCAUCAAUGGGGAGCGUUCAGAAUAUGUGCGCCGAGCGGAAGAUAUUUCUGACCAUCUACGAUUACUCCUUGCUGCCGGAUCGGGGACAACUGACAAUCAUUCUGGACAGCCAUCUAUCAUCUCAACUAACAAAGCACUGUACCCUCACUUCCGGGACAUGAUGUCGAAAUUCUCUAAAUUGGUUAUUUCAUCACAUAUUGCCGCUGCAGAUUGGCCUAACGCAGAAUCAUAUCAGAAGUGUCUCCAAGAAGCCGAUGGAGUACUUCAGGGAGUCUUUAGUUACGUAGAAGUUGCGAGACAGCAGCGCGGGGAAGAUAUUCCCCGCUUGUUACCGGGAUUCGUUAUUGGAAGUACUACUGGAGGCAGCUGGCAUAACAAUGGACUGGGAUCCAGGGACCCGCUGAAAUCGAAUUUCAUUGACGAAGAUGAAACUCACCCGGAGCCUUCUGCCACCCUCGACCCGCAGUUAGCGGCUCGACUCGAUGACCUCAAAAGGAUGUUGAUCGCUAGUAUCAGAAAGUUGGAAGAGCAUUUGCUUGUCACGGAGAAGAUCAUCACGCCUUACAGGCACGAAAUAAUUGGAAACAAUGUUUGCUCGGCCUGCAAGAGAGUAUUGGAAGUGUUCAAACCUUGGAUUGCGGCCAUUGAGUCUGUCAAUCUGUCAUCACUGGCAAACUCGUUCCAGAACCCACAACUUGUAGACUUUUCGGCAUACAAGCAGGGGUUAUAUGACAAUAUGUCUGAUUUGAUCCUGGGCUGUCAAGCAGUGGCGGGACCUUUGGGUGAUGAAUGGGCUGAAGUUCGCGGAGAAUCCUUGGAAGGCCGACUGAGUUAUGUUCGGCAAUGUGCCAAGCAGCUAGAAACAAAUUCAUCGCAUGUGGGCUUUUCACUUCAACUUUUGGGUGAACAGGUACAAAUGGCAAUACAACAAGGAAACCGGGGCCCACCUCCGCGAGAAGACAGUCGUCAAGGGGUCUCGCGAAGAGCAGAGAGUAUAUCUUACGAGCCAUCACACCAGAGAACUGGUUCUGCUCGGGUCCAGGCAAUAAUCCGCCCAAACCUUACGCCUGCGCCGAAUUCGUACUCCGUAGGGGAUGGAGCAGUGCCAUAUCGGCCGGGUGAUAACAAGAAGGCUGAAAGAUUCUUUGGUGAAUUACCUCGUCACGGAGAGCCAAUCUUCGAGCCAAUUCAAAAAGAUCCCACUGAUGAUACUCCAGAUUGUCUGAAGCUUGAUCACGAAGAUGACAUCGCAUAUGACAACAAAACUCAGCCGCCUACAUUGAAGGGAGGAACUUUGUUGGCUCUAGUUGAACAGUUAACUCGGCACGACAGACUGGAACCGACCUUUAACAACACUUUCCUACUGACAUAUCGAUCAUUCACCACUGCCAGAGAACUUUUUGAACUGUUAGUAAAGCGAUUCCAAAUCCAGCCUCCGGAAGGUAUGGCUCAGGGAGACUAUCUGGCUUGGAGGGAUCUCAAGCAGAAACUCAUCAGACUGCGCGUUGUCAAUAUCCUCAAGAGUUGGUUUGAGUCAUUUUGGAUGGAAGAUCAAAGCGAGGAGACGAAAGCCCUCGUGCGUGAUGUUUACACGUUUGCUAGAGAUACUGUCAAAACCGCUGAGACGCCAGGAUCCGGUCCAUUGAUGACGGUUUUGGAGCAACGACUUCGGGGGCAAGAUCCAACAGCCAGACGUUUAGUCUUGACACUAAGCCAAUCUACACCUCAACCGAUCAUGCCCAAGAACAUGAAAAAGCUCAAAUUUCUGGAUAUCGACGUUACCGAAUUUGCACGACAGCUGACUAUUGUUGAAUCAAAACUCUACGGGAAAAUCAAGCCCACAGAGUGCUUGAGUAAGACAUGGCAAAAGAAGCUUAGGGAUGGAGAUCCAGAGCCUGCGCCAAACGUCAAAGCUCUUAUUCUCCAUUCGAAUCAAUUGACGAAUUGGGUAGCAGAAAUGAUUUUGACACAAUUGGACGUCAAGAAGCGGGUUGUGGUGAUUAAGCAUUUUGUUCAGGUAGCAGAUAAAUGUCGGCAAUACAACAAUUACUCGACUCUUACAUCCAUCAUCUCGGCUCUAAGCACAGCACCGAUCCAUCGCUUGAAGCGUACAUGGGAUCAAGUCCCCGCCAAGACGUUGACCGUGCUUGAGAGUAUGCGAAAACUUAUGGGUAGUACGAAGAAUUUUGGCGAAUACAGAGAGAGCCUGCAUCUGGCAAACCCUCCGUGCAUUCCUUUCUUUGGUGUUUAUCUGACCGACCUCACAUUCAUUGAGGAUGGUAUUCCAUCCAUCAUCAAGAAGUCGUCCUUGAUAAAUUUUGCGAAGCGUGCCAAGACAGCCGAAGUUAUUCGUGAUAUUCAGCAGUAUCAGAACGUGCCAUACUCACUUCAGCCCGUAGUUGAGCUACAAGAGUAUAUUUUGAGUAACAUGCAAGCUGCGGGAGAUGUGCAUGAGAUGUACGAGAAGAGUCUGUCGGUAGAACCUCGUGAGAGAGAGGAUGAAAAGAUAGUGAGAGUUUUGGCCGAAUCCGGAUUCCUCUAA